CGCCGUUUACUUCGAUCUCCUUCUCCGAUCGAGCAGGGAAUCCAGCGCCAUCGCCACCAUCCUCCUCGAUAGAUGGAAGCAGCAGCGCAGAGGAAGGCCAGCGAUCUUCUCCGAUUGGAAAGUGUAGCAGCGACAAAUCCCCAAUCCAGUAAUUCCAAGUGGCCGACGAAUUCAACCCACCGGCGAAGCAACAGCCAGCGUCCAGCAGCGGCUCAGAUUAUGGGUGAUUUGUGGGCGAUUUGUGAUCCUCUUUCAAGCCUCCUGUUAAGGUUCUUGCCAUAUUCAUUGAUGAAGAUAAAGUGCGAGAAGCGGGGCUUGGGGAGAACUUACGAGUUCGAGUAUCUGGGAUUGAGGAAGAUGAUAUCUUAUCAGGCUUUGUUUUAUGCAGUGUUGGUAAAUACCAUUCAAUUAUUUUCUUUGCUUAGUCUACUUUUUCAAUUUUCAAAGCUUUAUGUGUGGACAGGGGUUGCUCAAUUUGUCCAUUGUUAAGCUUAUUUGGAAGGGGUUCAUCACGUUAUCAUUAUGUUCUUUUAUACCUAUAUAAUCCUAUCUCGGUUUUUACUGAAAUGGAUCUGUGUCUUGGUGCAAGAAGGCCAGUCCCUGCUCUUACAUAGUUUUUUUGCGCACUUAUCAAUCAAGGAGCUGCUGCAUAAUGUAUGAAUUGAAACUUAGCAUUUUUAUUCUCUUAUUUGCUUGUUAUAAAACUAGGUUUAUUGUAUGUCGCAUUCAGGUUGGCUUCUUAACAACACGACUUCUGCUCCGUGGUCUUCUUAUGUUGUGCAAAUAGAUGAACUUCAAUUGUUAAAUAGAUGCAUAUGAACUACUUUGGAGAUUGAGGACUAAAGUGGAUGCUUUACAAGAAAAUAUUGCUAGAGCAAGAGAUGUAUUCAAAGAUGUUAUUGAGGGGACAAAUAACUAAAUUAGGCAUGCCGAAUGAACAAUUAGAGUGUGAUUUUAAUAAUGCAAAUAUUAAAUUAUUGUAUGUUAUUUAGACUUGGAUUGUAUGUAUUUAGAUCUUAUUCAAUAUAUUCUACAUUUUAGG